AUGGCAAGUGGUCUUAAACUUACAGAGUUUGUAAAAAGGCCUGGCCUUGGUACGAAGGGAAAACGUGUGCGAGUUCGAGCGAAUUUUUUUGAAGUUACUGCUCUACCUGAGGCCAAUAUACAUCACUAUGAUGUUACAAUUACUCCUGACGUACCACCUGCUUUGAAUAGAAAGGUAUUUAAACGGUUUGAAGAACUUGAACGUAAUGGUGGCUUAGGAGAUGUUAAACCCGUCUUCGACGGUCGAAAAAAUAUUUUUACUUGUAAACCUUUGCCAUUCGGAGAAACUGCAACUUUCGACGUAAAUAUUCCAGAAGAUGAUGGGGUAACGUCAACAAAACGUCCACCGCGUUCUUUCAAAGUUAAAAUUAAAAAAGUCAAUUCGAUUAAUAUGGAGGAACUUCGCAGAUUUUUAGAAAGUAAAUCCGAAUUGACGCCAAAUUGUUUGACAGCUAUCAUGGCACUUGAUGUUUUGAUUCGUCAUCAACCAUCAAUGUCAUAUAACACUGUCGGAAGAUCAUUUUAUACUCAAGAAGGUUCACAAGCUCUUUUUGGUGGUGUUGAAGUAUGGCAAGGGUAUUAUCAGUCUGUUCGACCUGCGCCUAACCUAAUGAUGGUAAAUAUUGAUUUGAGCGCCACAGCAUUUUUCGAAGGUGGCUCAUUGGUCCAAAUGGUAUUGAAGCUGCUUAAUAGACGAUCCGCUGAUGAAUUACGUCGUGGAAUAACCGAUAGAGAUCGUGCAAAGCUUGAAAAAUCGUUGAAAAAACUUAAAAUCAAAGUUACACAUAGAGGUGAUACAGUAGCGAAACGUCGGUUUAGGAUUCUUAAAAUUACGACUACACCUGCCUCUGCGACCAAAUUUGAUGUUGAAGGUCAAACUACCGACGUGGCCUCGUACUUUCAAAAAACUUAUAACAUGCGCCUUAAUUAUCCGUUCCUUCCUUGUAUCGUGAUUCGAAAGGAAAAUUUUCUUCCUAUGGAAGUUUGUGAUGUAAUUGAAGGUCAACGACAUACUCGAAAACUCAAUGAAAGACAAACUGCCGAUAUGAUUAAAUUUACAUGUCAGCAACCUCAUAUGCGAGCGAACAAAAUUAAACGCGGACUUGAGAUUCUCAACUAUCGUUCAAAUCCAUACCUUCAACAAUUUGGUAUGAAGGUUUCGAAUGAAAUGGCGGUGGUAAAUGCACGAGUUCUACCUACUCCUACUUUACAAUAUCAUCAAUCGUCUAGGGAAGCCUCUUUUUCUCCCAGAGAUGGCUCAUGGAAUUUGAGAGACAAAAAGGUCGCAACAGGUGCAACUCUUGGUUCAUGGGCUGUAAUUGCGUUUGGAAGUGAACGCGAUAUGCAGAUGCAAGCUAUCCAACAUUUCGUUCGAGAAUUGAUAAUUACUUGUCAGGAUACUGGCAUGAAUAUACCAAAUAGAACCCCUCCUAUAUUGCACGCUAACCCACAUGGUGACAUUGAAGGUUCUGUUAAACAAGCUUGGGUUCGUGCUGGUAACACGGCUAAGAAUAAACCACAAUUAUUAUUAUGUAUAUUACCCAAUACGGGAGUUGGACUAUAUGCUGAAAUUAAACGAGUUAGUGAUACUGUUAUCGGAGUGGCGACUCAAUGUGUUCAAAGCAAGCAUAUGUUUUCAGCGAAAAAGCAAUAUUGUGCAAAUGUGUGUCUUAAGAUGAACGUGAAACUUGGAGGAAUGAAUUCAUACAUCCUUCCAGCUGAAGUGCCAUUUAUUUCUGACCGACCAACCAUUUUAAUGGGUGCAGAUGUUACGCAUCCAGCUCCUGGUGAUACAAAUCGACCAUCCAUUGCUGCACUUUGUGCUUCAAUGGACGCUAAGGCAUCAAGAUACGCUGCUUCAAUUAGAGUUCAAACUGGUCGUCAAGAAAUUAUUUCUGAUCUAUCUGGUAUGUGCAAAGAAUUGUUAAAAACUUUUUAUCAAACUUGUGGGAAAAAACCAGAUAGAAUUCUAUUUUACCGCGAUGGUGUUUCUGAGGGUCAAUUUUCACAAGUUCUCGAAGGAGAGAUUAAAGCAGUAAGAGCUGCAUGUAAAGGACUUGAUGCGAACUAUAAACCUAAAGUGACCUUUGUUGUUGUACAAAAGCGACAUCAUGCGCGAUUCUUCCCAAUGGAUAGAAAAGAUGCGGAUAGAACGGGUAAUUGUAUGCCGGGAACCGUAGUCGAGUCACAAAUUACUCAUCCAUUUGAAUUUGACUUUUAUUUGCAAAGUCAUGCGGGUUUACAAGGGACGUCCCGUCCUACACAUUAUCAUGUAUUAUAUGAUGAGAAUGGAUUUACUCCAGAUUCACUUCAAACCCUUUCUUACAACCUAUGUUAUGUGUUUGCACGAUGUACGCGUGCAGUAAGUUUAGUGCCUCCUGUUUAUUAUGCACAUUUAGUGUGCGGUCGAGCUCGUUUCCAUUCACGUGGGGAAAACUGGAAUGAUAAUGAGGGUACUUCUGAAGAAAGCACCAGUACUGCUUUAACGUUUGGCACUGUAAAACCAGAAUUGCAAAAAGUCAUGUACUUCAUGUGA